AUGAAAAAUCACGACUUAACCACCCUCCAUCACGCUAGCGGCUCCUCAAAGAGAAAUAUCUACAACGAAGUUGAAUUUUCCGCCUCUGCUGAAGGAGAACCGCUAAUUUCCUCAUGGCUCCCCACCCUCCACAACACUCUGUCUUCCCUCUUACGCUGGACGGGCGCCUACCCAGCCUACAUCCAGGACGCUCAUCUCGCUUUCGUACGUGAGGCUGUGGGCCCCCGCCUCAAGCAGCCACCCACCACGGCUGAUAGGCUGCACUAUAUUCUGACGCACAAUCACUCGCCCUACGAAGCAAGCCUCGCCUUUGCGUCUCACCAACCGCCCAAGGUGCGGUUUACAGUGCAACCGUUGGUGGACCCUAGCACUUUAGGUGGGGAUCCCCUGGGGCAGAAAGGACUGCGAGAGAAGUUGGAGAAUUUGGCGUCUUCUUGCGGCGCAGACCGCACCUGGUUGGAUGCCUUUGUUGAUUCUGUCUUUCUCACUGCCGAGGAGGAGGCGGGCUUGGUCGAUAAAACGACCAAUGGUAGCCCCGCAGGUGCUCUACCGCGACAGAUCUGCUAUGCCGGGUUUGACUUCGAAUCCGAAGAGAACGAUGGAAAAGCGGCCAUCGGCAUGAAAGCGUACCUAUUUCCGCAACUCAAAGCGCUUGCAACCGGCCGAAGCCUGGUGAGCAUCACCGAGUCUAUCGUUGCACGACUUGCAGAGGGUAACGAGGGUUUGUUGGCCGCCUGGGCAUUGCUGAGAACGUUCCUCGAUUCCUACGGCGCGGAAAACAUCAACAUAUACUUCCUCGCUAUUGACUGCCUCCCUUAUGAGAUGGAACCUCGUUUCAAGAUAUACGCGCACACACACGCCAACUCACUCGCCUCAGCCCGCCAUAUCUUCACCUUGGGUGGCCGCCUGGCUCAUUCCACGGAUUUCCUACCACAAGUCUGGCCACUGCUGAUGGACAUGGAGGACAUUCCCCAAGCCAGCAUGGAAGACCUGGAAAAGCCACUAAAUGACCCAGACAGCAAGUAUUGCGGGCUCUGCUUCGCAUUUGAGAUGAUGCCGGGCAAGAAUGUCCCGCAAGUCAAGAUGUACGUCCCGAUGUGGCAGUACGCGCGCGAUAAGGCUGGAGUCGUCGAGAGGUAUGAUCGCAUACUCCAAAAUCAGGGAAUGAUGAUGGGUGAUUACGACUUGAAAGCAGCUGUCAAAGAUGCCUUGUAA